AUUCCCUACUUUAAUUGAGACCUAUACUUCGCUGAAAAUGGACCAGGACUGGCGAAUUUUAGCCACCCAACGAGCGGAAUACGUGUCCGACCGUCUCCGUGGGCUGAUGUCCUCUGGCCUGGACUUCCUCCGGGCCGAGCUGGGGGUAGAUCUGGGCAUCCGGCCGAAGGAGUUCCCGUCGUGGGUGAUUCUGAGCGCGGCGCUGAGCGUUGUGACAGUGCUGGUUAUGGUCGCGGCCUGUGGUCGGAGGACGCGCCGAGCGGCCCCCAUCGCUGCUACCUUGAGUCCCAGCACCACAACCGAGACCCAGAUCAAAUCCUCCGUGCCACCCAAGACUGUGAAGAGCGAACCGAGGAAGAAGAACAAAAAGAAAGCCGCUGACAAGCAAAAGGCCCAGGCGAAUGGACAGACAGUGGCCGAGGAGGAAACCAAAGUCCCUGAGGAGAAGAAGAAAACACCACCUGCACCGACACCAGUACAGCCACCACCUGCUGAUAUGAAGGCCAAGAAAAACAAGAAAAAACCUAAACAAGAGGUAAAGUCAACCCAAGCUGUUUCCUCCACCGAUGGCAAGGAACCUGAUGAAGGUGCUUGGGAAACCAAGGUCAGCAAUCGAGAAAAACGUCAGCAGCGCAAAAAGGAGCAAGGUCCUGGAGACAGCUCUGGGAGCCCUGAAGCUGGUGAUCGUGCCAGUCAGAAGGUGGAGCAACCAGUGGUUGCAGCAGCAACAGGCACCAAGAAGAACAAAGAAUCGUCACGUGCCAAGGCCAGAAAAGCUGAUGCCAUCAUACCCCCAGUGACAUCAAACUUGAAUGAUGCAAACUCUGUAAAUGGUGACGGGUGGACAGAAGUGCCAGUGAAGGCCCAAACACAAAUGAAUACUUUAAACAAGGAGAAGUGGUCUGUUGGCAGAAAGACCCCUGGGAACCGUGAUAACUCCUCCCAGAAACAAGAAUCAGAGGGGCCAUGGACUGGUUUGGAUGGUAGAAUUAAAGCAGAACUGAACCCAGUAAAUUUUACAAUGCUUGGCUUGAACACACCAGGUGGAAAGACUGGGACUCAACCUAAAAUUGAAAUGGGUCAAUGGGAAAAUGUCACUGCUGUUGACAAUGAGUGGUCCAGUUUCAGUUCAGACUGGGACGCUCCAACUGAGAUAUGGGGAAAUUAUGAGGAACCCAAAGUAGAAGCUCCUGCACUGAAAGAGACUCCAAUCUCUAAGCCACUUGGGGAGUCAAACGAUGACAAGGACAAGGCAGAUCCUGCUGGAAGUGCUAAAUCCAAAAGAAGAAAGAAAAAGAAGAGACCAGAGGAAGAAAGUUCAGCCAAUGAGGUGACCCAAGAGAGUUCUGCUCCUGUGGAGAAGAUUGUGACUGUCAAGUCCAAUAUUAUUUGUGUGCCAAAGGAGGAGGUAUCCAAGCUGAAUGUCCCUCCACUGUCUUCGCAAAAGAAAUCUGAUCAGAAUUGGGAACCACCGAAGCUAGUUCAGAAGAAAAAGGCCCGGAGGGAAACAUGAACCCAGAAUAUCGUCCAGGAUAGCUUAUGCAAAUAGAUUGUUUAUGCAAUAAUUACACAGUACAUAAUUUUAUACUGAAUACAUUUACUGUGCUUUUUAAAAAAAAAAUCCAAAAUGGCAACAAAACUGAGUUGAAAGAGUUAAGGUGAAACAGUCCAUGGACUGGAACACUAAUUAUGUGCACUAUAAUGGUUCACUGAGGUUUGUUAAGGAGUACUUAUCCUUGAUAUCAAACACACUUUCAGUGGAGCAAAACAUUCAUGAUCGUUAUUUUACAAUGGAUACUAAAGUCAUUUUGAAAGGUUUAAAAUCCUGAAGUUGAACAGUUUAAUUUUAUUUGGGAAGUUUUGAGGACAUUUGCAUCAAUUACUGUUCCUGCGAUGCUUUUCAUCCGUCCUGAGUGUGUGUGUGUAUAUAUAUAUAUAUAUAUCUUACCCACAUAAUUGGGUACCUGGAUUUUGGAGAUGUUUGGAGUAAUAACUCUUCCUACUUUUUUUUUUAUAAAUCAACUCUUACUUGACUAUAAUGCUUAAUAUCUUGCAACCUAAAAUAGAAAAAGCCACGCCAUAUGUAUAGAACCAUAAGGGCUUUUUUUUUCUAUGGAAAAAUAUUUUUUAAUUGCACUGUGCUGAAGGUUGUAAAAAUCCCAUUUGUAUUUAAUUUAGUUUUUUUCUUGCACAAUGUGAACAUUUAAAUCUUAAUUGUUUUUGUUUUGACAUAGUAAAUUUGUAGGAUUUUGAUUAGGAAAAAUCAGAAAUGAUUAGAGCAGCUUUAAUUCCAUGACACUAAAACGGAUAUCAGUAUCAGGAAUCUGUUGCCUUAAUCAAAGUGUAUGCUCUUUGUUCUAUUUCUCAUUUCAAAGUAAUUUUAACAGGAGUCGUGGCGUUCGUGUUCAUUUCAAAUUGUAUUGAUGGCAGUGCACUUGCAUGAACUUAACCAUUUAUAGUGAUGAAAAAUGUCCCGAUUCUCUGUCCACUCCUUCAAGUACCACUCACUGUAAAAAGGCUUUGAUGAAUGAGAAUGGAUGUGGGGGGGAUUUUAAAUGCAUAUUCUUAUUUUGAUUGACAUAGUGGUAUUUUGCCCAUGGUCAUUUUGUACAUUUUGGUAGAUCAUGUGUUUCCGAGGCACUCUGGUCUUGCCUGCCUUAGUUUGUCAUUCUAGAGGUUACUCAUACAAUGUAUUUCUACCAGUUUAUGGAUUAAAGAAUGAUCAUGUUUACUUAAGUCAAUGCAAUAUUUCUAUGUUGAUUUGUUAAAUAAAAAAAAUUUGAUAC